ACGAGGCUGGGCGGUUUGUCUGUCACUGACACCCCAGCCUGCCUGGCUCUGGGUGGGGACUCAGCACGCAUUUCUCCAAGUAGCGACCACGGACGUCUCCUGAGAGAGAGACACACAACACCCGCAUAAGCAGGAAAACCCGGCGGGAGAUGCGUGUCUGAGGGACAGGGAGAGGCCGUGCCGAGGAGUGAGCCACGUCCCAGGGAGACGACCCCAGCCCCAGCGACAAUGGACGACGUGGAGUCGGACUUCAACCUGAAGGUCGUCCUGGUCAGCUUCAAGCAGUGUCUCAACGAGGAGGAGGAGGUGCUGCUGGAGCACUACCUCGCCGGCUGGAGGGGGCUGGUCAGGUUCCUGAACAGCCUGGGCGCCAUCUUCUCCUUCAUCUCCAAGGACGUGGUGACGAAGCUGCAGGUGAUGGAGCGCCUGUGCCGCGGCCCCCAGGGGGACCACUACCGCAGCCUGCAGUCCAUGGUGGCCUACGAGGUGGGCACCCAGAGGGUGGACCUGGAGCGCCGCUCCCGCCACCCGGACUCGGGCUGCCGGACCGUGCUGCGGCUGCACCGGGCGCUGCGCUGGCUGCAGCUCUUCCUGGAGGGUCUGCGCACCAGCCCCGAGGACGCGCGCACCGCCGUGCUCUGCACCGACUCCUACAACGCCUCGCUGGCCGCCUACCACCCCUGGAUCGUCCGCCGGGCCGUCACCGUGGCCUUCUGCACGCUGCCCACGCGCAAGGUCUUCCUGGAGGCCAUGAAUGUGGGGUCCACCGAGCAGGCCGUGGCGAUGCUGGGCGAGGCCCUGCCCUUCAUCGAGCACGUGUACGACAUCUCCCAGAAGCUCUACGCCGAGCACGCCCUGCUGGACCUGCCCUAGGGGCCAGUGGCCCGGCUCCCCUUCCCCGGAGUCGGGCUGGGGCAGCCAGGGCCCCUCAGUCCCACUGCAGAGCUUUCUGGGGGUGCCUGGAGCAGAAACGCCACUGUUCCCCUGCCCGCUGAGCUUGUGGGGAGCCGUGGGCCUGGCGCGGCCCACUUGGGCUGCAGAUGGAGAAGGCAGGCGCCGGCCGGCCAGGUGGGUGGGUGAAGGGCAGAAGGCAGGGAAGGUGGGACAGGAUCAGAGUUCACGAAAAAGGCUGCCCUCACCUGAGAGUCCAGUCUGCGCAGCGGAAGAGUCCCAGGUCCUCGGAGAGCAGGCUCCUCACCCGCCGACGAUCCAGCAAGCGUGUGCUUCUCAGGCCCUUUGGGUCCUGGCGUCCGUGGCAGGCGGGCUGCCUGUGGCCCCUCUGUACCAGGCUGGCUGUCCCUGGGGCAGGGAGGGAGCCUGGGCAGCGUUAGCACUGCGUCUCGUUCCCUGCCCCCAUCUCCUUAGCCAGGGGCGCAUGUGUCCUCCGCACAGCAGCGGGAGCACAGGCCUGCCCUGCCUCCAGCCCUGCACGGCAGCCGCCUCCUGCGCCACACUGCUCCCCCCGGCAGCUGCUUGUGAGUCUGCACAGCUCAGCCCCGGAGCCCCCGGGAGCCCCUGCCUGCUGGGCCAGCUGGCCUCCCUGGCACCCAGCGAUGCUGCGUUCCCUCUCCCUGCCCCAUGCUGCCCAUCCCCCUGGAGCCCAGAGACCCAGGGUGCACGGCAGAGCGGGGCCUGGACCUCUGCCUGACGGCUGGCCGACGGGCACACCAGCCUGGCCUGCCCACUGGCUCUUCACUGUAACCUCAGGACCCUGGUGCCACAGCUGUGCCGUGCAGCGCUCGCACACGAGUGUGAGCUUGCGGGGACCCUUGAACACUGCAAUACGGGUGAUGACUUUCCCAACAUAAAUAAAUGACAGUUACAGAA